AUGCGUAUUAACUUUUACGACCUAAAUGGACCGUAUGCCGAAUUUUGUAAUUGGUAUCCUGCUCCCAUGGAGCUUGAUGGACGUACAUGGCCCACAGUUGAACACUAUUUUCAAGCUCAGAAAUAUGUUUUCGACCAAGCUCACUUCGAAUGCAUCUCACAGCUAACUACGCCCCAAGAAACGAUAGACUAUUCUCGAGCACAUUCUUCCACAGUACGACCCGAUUGGCACCAUGUGAAAAACGAAGUUAUGCUCAAGGCGUGUAUGGCUAAAUUUCAGCAGCAUCCCAAAUUGAAAGAAUUAUUAUUAUUAACUGGAGAUAGUAUGAUCAUUGAGCAUACAGCUAAUGAUUCUUAUUGGGGAGAUGGUGGUGACGGAACUGGCAGAAAUCAAUUAGGAAUUACUUUGAUGUUAGCUAGGACAGCUAUCAUAAAUCAAGAGCGGACAUUUUGA